GACCCCGAGGCCCAGCCGCUGCUGCAGAAGUUCGGCUGCGGCGCGCAGCCGCUGCGCCUGUUUGUGCAGGCGCGUCGCGGCGUGGACCCGCUGUUCAUGGGGUGCAUGCGGAUGCUGGCGCUCGCGGGCAACGCCUCCACGCUGCGCCGGGCCGUCGAGCAGGGCUGGGCCGAGUCCUGGCCCCACACCGGCGUGUUGCGGCGCGCGGCCGAGGCCGCGGCGGCGGAGCUCGCGGUCGGGGCGCUGCAGCUGGCCCUGGGGCGCCUCGGCGGCUCUGGCGCGGAGAUCCGCGGCAGGUUCGGUGGCGACCCCGUGGCGCUGCGUCCCACCGUCCGCGUCCGCGAGGCUGAGACCAUGGUGGUGGUCGGGCUGCUGAAGUCGAUGCGGGAGCUGCAGCUGCUGAGCGCCAACGAGUACCUCUACGAGGCGCUCCGGGAGAGCACGGAGCGCGCCAGCCGCUCGGACGCCGUCGGCCGCCCCGACGCCGAGGGCGGCGCGGUCGACGCCGGAGGAG